CAACGUUUUGACAUUAGCUACAGCCUGAUAGCCACCUGCCAAAUUAUCUUGAAAUAUAACCAUUCACUUGAAUAUUUAACGUAAUUUAGUGGCUAAUUCUAUACGUAAUCAUGGAUGACGAUAUGGUAUUUGAUCCCUCUUUAAAGAAGAAGAAGAAAAAGAAGACCGGUUUCGACAUAGAUGCAGCUCUCGCAGGCGAGCAAGGUGAGAGCACGAGCGUGGAGGCGCCCGCUGGGACGGGUGACGUAGACUUGCCUGAGGAUGAUAACCUCGAUUUGGACAAUUUUGGAAAGAAAAAGAAGAAGAAAAAGAAGGCGGUCUUCAACAUGGAGGAGCUCGAAAGCACAUUACCGGAAACACCUCCGGCCGAGGAGCCGGAACAACAGGAGGACGAAGUUAUUGACGAUCUGGAUCUAGAUAUUGACUUCUCAAAAACUAAAAAAAAGAAGAAGAAGAAAAACAUCGAGGAGCUUGUCCUUGAAGAUGACACUAAGGGUGAGGACCAAGAAAAUGUGGAAGACGUCAGUGGUGAUUUAUGGAGCGGCACCGACCGUGAUUACACUUACGAUGAGCUUCUCGAGCGCGUCUUCGAUAUCAUGCGCGAGAAGAACCCUAGCAUGGUCUCUGGUAAAAAGCAGAAAUUCAUUAUGAGACCUCCACAAGUUGUUAGAAUUGGUACCAAGAAAACAUCCUUUGCCAACUUCACAGAGAUCUGUAAAACUCUGCAUCGGCAGCCUAAACAUUUACUAGACUUUUUAUUGGCUGAGUUGGGUACAAGUGGAUCUGUGGAUGGUAACAGUCAACUCAUUAUUAAAGGUCGUUUCCAACAGAAACAGAUAGAGAAUGUGCUUCGUCGGUAUAUCAAGGAAUAUGUCACUUGUCAUACAUGUCGCUCGCCAGACACCAUCCUGCAGAAAGAUACUCGAUUGUUCUUCCUUCAGUGUGAAACUUGUGGAUCCCGUUGCUCUGUGGCCAGCAUCAAGUCUGGUUUCCAGGCUGUUACUGGAAAGCGUGCUGCCAUCCGUGCAAAGACUGCAUAGAGUAUUAGUGCUUAGUGAUAACUAAUUAUACAGUCAAGGAUCUGGGGUACAUACAGUAAUAUUCCUUAUUUAUGUUGUAAUGUUAAAACAUAACUUAGUCAGUGGCAAUCUGAUGCUUAUUGUUAUAUCGGUGAUGCAAUUGUAAAUGAAUGCAAGCAACAAAAGUACAUACAUUUAAAUUACUAAAAAAUUGUACCUCAUGGUAUUAUUUGGUAUGGAAAUUGUAGAACAAACUUGAAUGAACUAGAAUUUUAACACAAAUUUUCUAAAAUUUUAAUCUUUGAAUUUAAACAAACCUCCUUGUAAAAUAUUAGUGAUGUGCUCAAAUACAUUUGUGAUUGGUUACAUGAGGUGUUGGCUGAAUGUACCCCGUUCUAACCCCUAUAUUUAUGUAUAGCUCACUUCUGUAUUAUUCUCAUUGAUACACAAUGGUUUUAUAAA